AUGUCGGGCUUUGAGGUUGCCGGGGUGGUCCUCGGAGUCAUACCGCUGGCUAUAUCUGCCCUCGAACACUACAAGGCGGGAAAAGGCACUGUGGCAACCUUUAUGAAGUUCCACGGACAGCUAGAUACACUCAUUUACCGGCUGAAACUGCAGAGAACCUUCUUCUAUCUCAACGUUCUCGAGUUGCUACGCAGCGCAGGGGUCGAAGAGGUAGUCAACAAAUCAGACAUAACCGAAGAGGAAUGCAUUAAGGUUCUCCAAAAUGCCAAAAAUGCCGACGAGAUGAAAGAAUAUCUGGGAUCUGGCCAGCUAUUUGUUACCUUUCAUGAUAUCUUAGCAAGAUAUGAAGCUUGCCUGAAGUCGAUUUCUGCAAAAGAUGACUUGAAGGCCAUUUUGGAGCACAAUCCAGUAGGCGCCUCAUCGUUCGCUUUCAGAGAGCGCUUGAGCUUCACGAUGGAGAAAGGGAGCCUCAAGCAGCUGGUUGAGGAACUGAGCGAAGAUCGACUCUCUCUGAAGGAGCUCAUCUACAGCAUGAAAACGCAGCAAGAGUACACAUCGAGGCAUCCUUCGGACGAGGCCCAGAAACUGGCGAAUAAGCUUUCCAGAAUUCAGAAACACGCAGCUCCUCUGUUUGAAGCAUUGCGUAAAGGCUGUAGCUGUAGCUGCGAGAACAAGCACAGGGUUUUUAUGAAGCUCGAUAACAGGAUCCCGCUCAAAAGCGGCAGGCGGAGGAAGCUGAAAGACGAAACGGAAUUCAGCCUUCUGUUUGACCACCAAGGAUACUUGCAGGAAACUCAUGUCAACGUCCGUGAGGAUGACGGUAAUGACAGCGGAGAGAACGUGGUCAAGGGCAGGAAUACGACGAGGGUUGUCAUUGUUCAACAUGCUGAACCAAUGCCCAAGGAGAGGAUUGUGACACGAUUGUGCCGGCACGUGUCUCAGUUGCAAGAGACGGGACACGUCUUGAAGCUCAAGCUAAGCAACAGCGACCUCUUCCUUGUCGAAGGAGAGGCGGAACGUAAUCGAGAUUUCGCAAGCCCGACAACCCUGUCGGAUAUCCUCAAGGCCGGAUGUCAUGACGACGACGCCAAGAUGUUCCCAAAGGAACAGACACUCUUGGCUCUGAACGUGGCGUCUUCCAUCCUCCAGUUACAGCAGACGUGGUGGCUGUGUCUGCCAUUCAACAGCAACGAGAUCAAGAUAUUGACGCCUCAAGAAAGGUCCGUCACGUCGAAUAGCUCGCCUUUCAUUGAACAGCUCAUGAGCGAAGUUCUGCCAUCCUUGAACGAUGCUGUCAAGUGCAGUACUAUUGGCCCAGACCCCAAAACUGCAUUAACAGAGCUUGCCAUCCUCUUGCUGGAGAUCUGGCACCACAAACCGCUUGAUAUCUGGUGUGCGAAGAUGGAUAAAGCAAUUCCUACAUCGCCACAGGCACGAAUGAUGGUUGCUAUCGAAUGGCUGCAGGCUACCUCUAGGCGUCUGCUUCCCUACCAGAGCCAAGUUAUUGAACAGUGUUUGCAAGUGUGUGCUGGAGCUCUCCGAUUCUGGCACGAGAAGGAUUUUAUAAGGAUGUAUUGUGAGAAUAUUAUCAAGCCGUUGCAAGAGACGCUAGGGGCAUGGGAUACUUCAGGGAGGGCAUAUGUUUGGAAUUAA